UCUCAGGUGAGAAUGGGAUUCGAUGAAGAAAUUGGAUCUAAGCAUAUGAAUAUGACAACCUCUGUUCCUAUGGAUGGAGAAGCUCGGCUACAGACCAUGCUUACUCUUCCAGACCAUUGCACUUCUUCAAACCAGGCAUCAAAUCCAAUACAUUCUGAAACCUCAUCUGGUUUCCAAUCAACUAUCCAGGCUCAUUUCAGCCCCUUUCCACUUCAUGUCUCUUCUGAGGAAACUUGGAGGAAAGACAUUUUACCAGGCCAGCAAUUGAAUGCAUGUCAUGCUGAAAGGAGUCCAUCAGAAUUUGAGUUGGCAGCCGCAGUUACAACAUCACUUCCCUUUGGGAUACAAGCAUGUGACUUGAAGGACAGUUUCUCUCUAGAAGCUUGCGUGAUAGGAAGAGACCAGAAUGAAGGCGUGUGCUUGGAGAAUAUGGAGCACAAUCUUCUACUUUCUCAAGAUUUGAAUAGCACUCGAACAGGAAGAGGCGCGGGCAAUCAUGAAAUAGAGAUAGAAAAACUAGAUAUUUGAAACAUGUCAGGCUGAUUUUACUGUCUAACUGUUGGGAUUUGGCGUAGCUAGAUUGCCUUGAGCAAUAUUUUAUGUUUGUUUAUGUUAUCGUGAAGGGCCUCCACCAGAAGAUAGGCAUCCUAGACGUGCUUUUAGCUGCAACUAAACAGAGAACUUGGUAGCAUUUUGCUUUAGCUGGUAUAUUAAUGAAAACGAUGAUGAGGAUUUGUGAAAUAUAUAUUGACUAAUGUUUUUGCUUAA